AUGCUCAAGGAAAGUCAUGUUGAUGUACUCAUCAUCGGUGCGGGUCCGUCUGGGCUCAUGUGUGCCAAUGCAUUAGCUGGCGCUGGAGUGAACUUCAGAAUCAUAGACAACAGACCGGUGGGUGUGGCCGCUGGCCAAGCUGAUGGCAUACAGCCUAGGACGAUCGAAGUUCUUCAAAGUUAUGGUUUGGCAGAGCCUUUGUUGAAGGAGGGUGCCCAGAUGCAUCUUUGUGCCUUUUACAACCCUGGCCCUGAUGGCGGCAUCGAACGUACUGGCCGGGCUGCAGACGUCACAGCUCCAACCGCCCGUUAUCCCUUCAAGAUCACGAUCGCACAAGCAUCAAUUGAAGCACUUUUCGUCGAGUCCUUAAAGUCCCAAGGAAUAUCAGUUGACCGUCCGAUCGUCCCUUCCUCCCUAGAAAUUUCGCAAGAUCCCGCAGAACUUCUGGAUCCGUCAUCAUACCCUGUGAAGGUGGUCUUGGACCACAUACAUUCUUCGGAUGAUACUCCAGAACAGGAGAUCGUUCAUGCAAAGUUCGUCGUCGGUGCAGAUGGUGCACACUCAUGGGUUCGCAAAACCUUGGGUUUUACGAUGGAUGGGGAACAAACAGAUUACAUAUGGGGCGUGAUCGACUUCAUUCCGGAUACCAACUUCCCAGACAUUCGCAAUCGUUCUGCAAUCCACUCCGAGAACGGCUCAUGUAUGAUCAUACCCCGCGAAGGAGACAAAGUCCGGUUCUACCUGCAGAUGGCGGAUAAAGACGUCAUGGAUCCUGAAACAGGAAAAAUCGACAAGCAGAAAGUGACCGCCGAGAACCUCAUCAACACUGCUCGCAGAACAUUCUACCCGUAUAUAGUUAACGAACCAAAAGAAGUGGACUGGUGUUCAAUUUACAUCAUUGGUCAACGUGUAGCCUCCAAGUUCUCUAAACAUGACCGUGUCUUCAUCGCUGGUGAUGCAUGCCACACGCACUCUCCGAAAGCAGGACAGGGUAUGAAUGCGAGCAUGAACGACACCCAUAACCUUGCGUGGAAGCUGGCACAAGUCCUGCGGGGCAGGGCGGACAUUUCCCUUUUGAAAACUUACGAGCUUGAGCGCCAGAAAUAUGCCCAAGAUCUCAUUGAUUUCGAUCGUGAGUUCUCCGCUCUAUUUUCCGGCAAACCGAGGACGUCGGAAAACCAGGAGGGUGUUACCCACGAAGAAUUCCUGAGUGCUUUCCAGGCUUCUGGUGGCUUCAGCAGUGGUAUCGGUGUACAUUACAUGCCUUCAGCGAUUGUCCAUACUAUUCAUCAAGGCAGCGCAUCCAACCUCAUCAUCGGCGAGCGGAUGCUGCCCCAAUUAUUCGUUCGUGCAGCGGAUGCUCGUCCUGUGGAGAUCCAAGACAUGCUCCCCGCAGAUACCCGCUUCAAGCUUCUCUUCUUCGUUGGCCUUCUGACAUCGGAAAAGCUCGCAAAGGUUCGAAGGCUCGCUGAGGAGUUGGAACUCCCCACAAGUUUCCUGCAAAAGUACAACUUCCCUGCCCAGGGCAAGGCACAAUCUAUGUUCGACAUCAUUUCGAUAGCCGCUGGUCACAAGGAUGAUGUGAAUUUCCUGGACAUUCCUUCGACGUUGAGGACACACUGGUCUAAAGUCUUGAUUGAUGACACGGAUGUGACAGGCCGCUUGGGUGGAGGCGCAUAUCCGAGAUUCGGUAUCGAUGAGAAAGAAAUCACGAUAGUGGUUGUUCGGCCUGACGGUUAUGUCGGUAUGAUUGCACCAUCUACGGCGUUAGAGAGCAUGGAUAAGUACUUCGGUUCUUUCCUGAUAGGAAAAACCUUGAACCGGGAGGCUUAG